AGCACGCGCAUGCGCGGUCGUUUCCGUCGCAGGGAUCAGGAAGAGCUCGUCUGAGGGGGCCAUGUGUGAGCUGGCCUCGGAAAGAGGAGGAGCAGAUGCUACAGAGCCAGAGUGAUGGCCGGCAAGGCUGAUGGGAAAGAGGCCGGCCGUCAAAUAAAGGAAAAUGCAGUAGAACGAUUUAUGGCUCGAAUAAAGAAAUCUAGAGAAAAGAAUCAGAAGUAUCAUGAAAGAAAUAAACGCUUAAAGGAUGAACAAAUUUGGCACAUACGGAAACUACUAAAGGAACUGAGUGAAGAGAAGUCAGAGGGAUCCGAAGCUGUAACAAGAGAGGAAGUUGAAAACGCAAUGAAGGAAACAUGGAAGUUUGAAAGAGACCAGGGACAAAACUUGAAAGAUACGCGCAUCCAAAUAAGCAAUUCUGAGAAGCUAUUUCUUGAGAAACUCAGUGAGAAAGAAUAUUGGGAGGAAUACAAGAAUGUAGGGAGUGAACAACAUGCGAACCUCCUUACCUCCUUACAGAACGACAUCAACAGAGUCAAGGAGAAUGCCGAAAAAAUGUCAGAACAGUAUAAAAUCACCCUGGAAGAUGAUAGAAAGAAAAUAAUCAGAGAAACUUUGUUGCAGCAGGACCAAAAGAAGGAAUGGGCCACAGAGAAUGCUCUAAGGUUCAUUGACAAGGGCAGCUAUCGAGAGAUCUGGGAAAAUGACUGGCUCAAUAAAGAGAUUGCAAAUAGCAGGAAGGAAGUGGAAGAACUGGAAAAAGGUAUUCAUGAGCUGGAAGAAGAAAAUUUGGUGCUUAUUGAUCAGCUAUUCAACUGCAGACUUGUGGAUCUCAAGAUACCCAGGCGACUAUAUCUUACCCAAGCUGUUGGGCAGGAAGUACCACCUGAAGUGCCUUUGGAAUUGUCAGAAACACAUAAAGUCAUCCCAGAAAAGUCAGAAUCGCAACCUACAGACAUAAAAAGCAGAGACAUGUCGAGCAUCUCAUUUGGGAGCAGUGGUUUUCGUCUUAGUUACAAGGACAGCAGAUUGGGCCAGCUUCCGGAGAUAGAUGAAGAAGAGAGUUCAAGAAUAGAGUUUGGGGCCUCUGAUAUGAAAUACUUACUGUAUGAGGAUGAGCAGGAUUUCAAGGAUUAUGUAAACCUGGGCCCCCUGGAAGUGAAGCUUAUGACUGUGGAGAGCAAGAAAAUGCCCAUCCACUUCCAAGAGAAGGAAACUCCAGUCAAAUUCUAUGAGGAUGUCAGGAGUCCAGAAAGCCACAUCACGUAUAAAAUGAUGAAGUCUUUUUUCUAAAACUGAAAAGUGAAAACAACUUCCUGUACUUUUCUUUUGGGAACUGAGGUAUAUCAGUUGCCCAUUUUAUUUACACUUUGGUCCAUUUUUAAAGCAGUGAAUAUUUAUAAAGGUCAUAAUUACAGUUAAAAUCAAAAUUCUGAGUAUUCAGCUAUUCAUUUACUUGCAUGGCCUGAG